AUGGCAGAAAAAGUUCGAGCACCAACCGCCCCGUACAGUGAGCCUCUGCUGCUCCAACUUGAUAUUCGCAAUCCAUACUACACAAACCUGCAUCACAAUCUUCGGGCCUGGAUUCGUGACUAUGUCGAGAGGGAAAUUGCGCCAUCUGCCCAAGAGUGGGAGAAUGCAGGUCAAGUCCCUAAAGAAGCAUACAAGCGUCAUUGCCAAUUGGGAUUCAACAUCGUAUCCCCCUUGACCACUGAAGAGAAUGCUGGUGGCAUAUCGCUACCAGGGAACGUCCCUCACGACAAGUGGGAUACCUGGUGCUCCCUCAUUGUCACAGAUGAAUUAACGCGUGUGGGCUUCGUUGGUCCAAUCUGGGGACUUGGUGGUGGGAAUUCAAUCGGCUGCCCACCCAUUGCUAGGUUCGGCACACCCGAACAACAGCGCAGAUGGCUUCCAGGCGUUGCAAAAGGCGACAUCCGUUUUUGUCUCGGUAUCACAGAGCCAGAUGCUGGCUCGGAUGUAGCUAAUAUCAGUACCACCGCGAAGCGCGAGGGCGAUCAUUACAUUGUGAAUGGCGCGAAGAAAUGGAUUACCAAUGGACUUUGGGCCGACUUUUGUACAGCUGCCGUCCGAACUGGUGGCCCUGGCCGGUCUGGUAUUAGCGUUUUGGUCAUUCCCUUGGCUGCUGAAGGUGUUACUCGCCGAAGAAUGUUCAACUCGGGUGUGAACGCAAGCGGCUCGACAUUCAUCGAACUAGACGACGUUCGUGUACCGGCGGAAAACUUGAUCGGGGAAGAGAACAAGGGCUUCCCUCUGAUCCUGUCGAAUUUUAAUCCAGAGCGUCUUGCUCUAGCAUGUGCCUCUUUACGACUAGCACGGGUUUGCGCUGAGGACGCCUUCAACUAUGCAAUCCAACGAGAGACAUUCGGGUCGCCUCUGAUCAAGAAACAAGCUAUCCAAUCGAAAAUUUUCAAGUUCGGGCUGAUGAUUGAGCCUGCUUAUGCUUACAUGGAGCAGCUUGUCAAUAUUAUUGAGCUGACCAAAGACCGCCCCGUGGAUGAUGUGAAGAUCGGUGGCCAGACAGCAUUGCUAAAGGUAAUGUCCACCAGAGCCUUAGAAAAGAGUGUUCGAGAAGCGCAGCAAAUUUUUGGAGGCGCUGGAUACAAUAAGGCUGGUAAAGGCGCCCGCAUAGAGCAGAUCAGUCGAGACGCUCGAGUUCAUGUUGUUGGUGGAGGUAGCGAGGAGAUAAUGCAGGGCCUAGCACUACAAGAGGAGACAAAGGCUUUACGCACACGAAGGAAGGCUCUUGAAAAGCGAGAAGCAAAGAUUUAG